CAAGGAUAUGUAGAAGGAAGCGCUAACAAAGGCGAUUACGUUUAACCGCAAUUAAGAGGUGUGAAGUUGCAUUUGAUCGUUUCAAUGGCUCUUCCUCGGCAAUCGAGUAAUUUUACCUGAGAGAUUCCUUCUUUGUUAUCGGCAAAGUGAUCAGAUAAAACUGUGUCGAGAGCAAGUGUCCGUCACUUGUGUUAACACGAGUUUUUUUGACGGGUAACGCUGCAGGAUUAUUUUGCACGACACUUGGUAAUCGUCAGAUCAACGGAAAAAUCCAGCGAUUAUCUCAUAGCAGUAUUUCUCAAAAUGCCAGCUAAGAUAAAGGGGAGACGCUCAGCUGCACAAGAAUCAGCGAUAAAAGUGGCUGAGAGAAGGCUUUUGAGUGAAAUGGCUGAGUGUGGGUUUGAUGGGAAAGAGUUCGCAAAAGGAUUAGAUCAUACAGUCACAGCCGCAAAAAUGAAAGGAAAAACACAUAUUAAAAUUCGUUUCAUGCACUACAGCUCUUGGGCAAGGGCAUUGAAGAAGCAAGACAUUGGGCCGGACGGAUGCCAUUACAGCUUCCCAGCAGAUGUGCUUUCUUUUAUCAGGGCAAUCAUACCCAACCAGGUGAAAGCUGAGAUUAGACAGACUGGGUAUGCGGUUUCCAUGGAGGAAUUCUGCCAAGCUGUCCUAUGAACAUCAUGUUGCUGAGCACCUAUUCUUACAGUCGGUUACGGGAUUAUCUAACCCAGAAUGAGGCUCGAUUUUAGGACUAGGGUAAAACAUUGGCUUGCGCCCAUUACUCUCAAUGUUAAAUUGGCGAACUUUGAUCGUUCAUAUCAAACAGACCAAAGGACAAUUUCUUGUGACGACCACUUGGUCAUAUUCACUUGGGUUUUUAGCGUCAGUCCAUGGGCCUCAGGAGGAUUUCUAAACCUUUAGGUAAUUUAAUCAGCGAUAAUACCAACACUCCUCCGCCGGGCUGCAAUUUCAGUUUGCAUCAGAUACAUGUUGUAAUAGGCAUAUUUUAUCGGCUGUAUCGAGUAUAGCUGUGAACAAAUGCGUGUGACAACUGUUUGUUGAUAUUCACUUAUGCAUUUAGUUUAGGGAAAUGGCCACCAAAGGGAUUUUCUAGUGGCGACUUUAUCAACGAUGGUGGUGUACUAUUUUCAGAGCAAUUUUUCCUACUGCCUACUAUGAUUAAUACAUACUAGUUAAUUAAAAUACUGUCAGAAUUAUUGUAUAAUAAAAUCAUAAUCUAAACAAAGAAAAACAUUAUAUUCAUAUUGC